GAGCAGUUCCCUCGCGGGUUCAUGUCGCCCGAGGCCAGGAAGAGAGGCGGACUCAUCGUCCACAUCUUCAUCACCAUCUACAUGUUCGUCGGCAUCGCCAUAGUGUGUGACGAGUACUUCGUGCCCUCGCUCGAGAUGAUCUGUGAUGCGCUUCACCUGACGGAGGACGUUGCCGGGGCCACCUUCAUGGCAGCCGGGUCGUCGGCGCCGGAGCUGGCAACCUCGGUCAUCGCCGUCUUCGUCGCCAAGGACGACAUCGGCAUCAGCGGCGUGAUCGGGUCAGCGGUGUUCAACAUAAUGUUCGUGAUCUCUGUGUGCGCGCUCUUCGCGGGUCACGUCAUCUACAUCAACUGGUGGCCGCUGGUCCGCGACUCCACCUUCUACUGCAUCUCCAUCUUCGCCCUCCUCCUCACCAUCUAUAAUGAGGUGGUUACCUGGUACGAGAGCACCUUCCUGCUGCUGCUCUACGUGCUCUACAUAGUAAUGAUGUUCAACAACAAACGGCUGGAGGUGUGGGCCAACACCCUCAACGUUCCCUUCAAGAACGCCACGCGGGAGGAGAAGUCUUCACUCUUCGGCACCAAGCCCGUUCCCGCCACGGGCGACCCCGGCCUCAAAGAUGGCGGCGACCCCACCAACCCCGACGGUGGCGACCAGCAAGCGCCCAAUUUUGCAGACACGUCGCACCUGGUGACCCGUUACGGCGCUACAGAUGGUGAUGGGCUGCCCAAGCAGGUGGAGGCUGUGGAGGUGGAGGCUGCUCCCACCAAGAGCAUGGCACCGGAGAUGAAGGACGACGACGUGUCGCCGUGGACAGUGCCCGUGGGGGUGUGUGAGCGCCUGGGGUGGGCACUGUCGCUGCCCCUGGUGGCACUCCACCACUUCACCACCCCGGACUGCCGCAGGGAACGCUUCCGUCGCUGGCACCUCAUCACAUUCAUCAUGAGCAUGUUCUGGAUCGCCGCUUAUUCAUACCUUAUGGUGUGGAUGAUCACCAUUAUCGGUUUCACCCUGGGUAUUCCCGACACCGUGAUGGGUCUGACGCUGAUAGCUGUGGGCGUGUCGGCACCUGACGCUAUGUCCUCUCUCUGUGUGGCCAAGCAGGGUUUUGGCGACAUGGCAGUAAGCAACGCCAUUGGAAGCAAUGUGUUUGACAUUCUUCUGUGUCUGGGUCUGCCCUGGUUCUUCAAGACUGCUAUCAUCUACCCCGGAACCACUGUCCCUGUUGAGAGCAGAGGUCUGACGUACUCAACAGUCUCGCUCUUCUCGACGGUGAUUUUCUUGAUCGUCGCCACUCAUAUGAAUGGCUGGAAGCUGGAUAAAAAAUACGGCGUGGUGCUUAUGUUUUGGUACCUCAUAUUUAUGAUAUUUGCCAGCCUGUACGAGCUCAAUGUCUUUGGCUACCUCAACCCACCCGAGUGCCCAAGCCCUUACUGAGCUCGCCCAUUGAAGCUUUAGGGUAUUUAUCUCAAGCUUACUAGGUAUUUAAAGGUCAUAUCCUGCAAUUUUAAGUGCUGCAGAAUUGAAGGUUGUAAAUUUUUUUGUUUAGAAAUGAAAGCAUUUAUUAAAUAUUAAUAUAAUUUACUGCCUUGUAGAGAACUGUUUUACAUAUAUAAUAAUCAUUAUUUUAAUGUGAAAAUAUUUGAAUUUCAUAUUUUAGCAUAAGCAUAAACCUUCAUUAACAUCACUAACUGAAGCAUUUGGGUGGUUAUACAAAUAUGUUCUUAAGAGGCUUUUGUUGUAUUUCAAACAUUUAAUAUGGUUACAGAUUUAUGGUUGAGAUGUUAGAGUUCAAAGAUGUUUAGAAGAAAUCUUUACGAGAUUUUAUUUUAUAUCCUUCCAUUAGAUCAGAGAAUUUUAAUGUAUAGUCCUUUUAGAGUGGGAUCCUGAACAGAUACCAAAGAAUAUUGUGUUUUGCCUUUGUGUAUUGAUAGGUUUAGUACACUAUAAUGGAGUAGAAUUUUUGUAAUGUGACCAGCAUGCUUCCAACACAAGUAACGUAAUUGUCCCUGUUGUUCACUAACAUACCGUACAGUACACAAUGAAAAAUCACAACGUGAUGAAUCUAUGACUAAAUAUUGUGGCUAUACGACGGAAUUGAAUUCUGUUCUACGGCUUUAUUAAUUUAUACAUUGUGUACAGUACUGUAAAGCUUGAAAGUUUGUGGAAGGCACAAAUAUCACUCAACUCUUCUGAGGGAUUCAAAAUAUGUUCGUGUCCUUAUUGCUCACAGCUGCAACUCUCUUAAGAGCCUUGGAUACAUUUUGCAAGCUUCAGGUUUUGAGAGUUCCGAGUGAAGACUCGAGUUUUGAGGCCUCGGUACCAAGACACAGUUGUGUGUGUGUUCCUCGCUAGUGUUUGAGAGUCUCGGAGUCCAAAUUAUCAUUUCAAUGUUUUAGAAAUUCAGUGUAAAAAUAUCUCUUGAGUUUUUUCUCAACAAUUCCCAAGUUUAAUGCUUGAUAGUUCGUGAAUAAAUAGAAGUUCAUUAGGUUCAGUCUAGUUAUAAUUAUAAUCUUUUUGGAAGUGCAUAUAAAAAUAUGCACUUCGAAAAAAGUGUACAUUUUAUAUGCACUUGAUAAAGGUCAUAAAAAUGUGCACUUUUUUGGUGGUUGAAAAUUAAUUUAAAUGAUUUUGUAAUUGUUUAGUUCAAUAAUUAAUUUCUCGUAUGUUGUGAAUUUUUUCUUAAUUGCAUUGACUUUUAAAAUUUGACUUUUAAUCAAGUUUGAUGUCAGACUUUAAAUAAAGAUAACUUAUAAUUAGAGAAUUAAGGGACGUCAAAUUAAAUUGGAAGAUUAAAAGUUUGUAAAUAUUUCAAGCAUUUAGUGUCAAAAAAAAAAAAAGUGCAGCCUUCUUGAAAUGCAGUCAAAUAGGAUGACUUCAUUUUACUUCCUCUUCCUGGCUAGUGCUGAUGGAAGCUAGGUAUACUUGCUACUGUUAUUGCUGUCAUUUCUCACCUCACACACAUAUAGCCUUCGUGCAACACAACAGAAUAUGGUGCACAAUAUUCUGUAGCAGUUAGUAUUCAGUCUUUUUGCUAUGUACUGUGAUUUUAAAAUGUGUAGCUCGCCGCCGCCGCUGCUGAUGAGGCGAUUGUACUUUAAAUGUACUUUAAAUGUACUUUAAAUGUACUUUAAAUGUACUUUAAUAUGAAGUUGCACACCAUAUCCUGUUAUGCUGGAAGCUUAUCACAAAGGUGGGUGGAAAUUGAUGGCCACUUGUCAUUACAGUGACAGGCAGUGAUUUCAACACAAUUUGAUUGUUAUGGCAGAGCUUCCAAGCCUUUUAAUUUAGAUAAGGCAACAUUUGUAGUCAUAGAGUUGUGAAGUCCAUUAAAAAAUGCCAAUAUUGACCUUACAGCUAUAGAGAGGUUCUGACUUUCAAUAUUGUCAUAAUUUAGUCAAGAUCUUAACUCGUUGUGUAGUCGUAAAGUAUUUUGCCAGUGUUAACAUAGUUAUUGUUGCCUAGACAAGUAGUCUGGCCAAAUAUGAAGUUUUUUCUAUAGCAGUAUUUAGAAGUCAGUCUAAGCAUAAGGCAGUAAUGAUGUAUGGAGCAUUUCCUUACUUUUCACUCAUGUGUCAUUUGAUAAUGAAGGUAUAUCCAUAUGUAGGUGCUGCCUCAAAGUUGUAGAGGCGUGUCAUUGGUUCGUCGCCCAGUUGUCAAUAGUACUGGAUCAUUGUACUGGAACAUAAUACCGAAACAUAGUACCGGAACCUAGUAAGGCUAAAUAUUUGAUGACGUGCAGAGGAGUCUUUAGUACUCGAAGCAUUUGUGACAGUGUUAAGAAUAUUAACCAAACUACACACUAGAAAGUGAAGGGACGACGACGUUUCGGUCCGUCCUGGACCAUUCUCAAAUCGAUUGAGAAUGGACCAGGACGGACCGAAACGUCGUCAUCCCGUCACUUUCUAGUGUGUGGUUUGGUCAACUUACUUCAGCCACAUUAUUGUGACUCUUCUUCUGCAAAUGUUAAGAAUAUCAUUUAGGAGUUGCGAGAGCACUUGAGGCAUGAGUAUGAAUAGCACAAUUAAAAGCGUCUCAGUAAUAGGACUUGUUAGUGCAGACGUUAGUGGUCUCAGAGUGUUGACAUGCAAGUGAAAGCAUGCACACAUAUACACACACACACACACACACACACACACACACACA